ACCAAGUAAUCCAUUCAUACAGAAUUUUCCAUCCUCAAAUACCUACAUCAAUCUUCUCACCUACCUUCCCCUCAUAUCUCUUCCACCAUUUCUAGCCAAUCAUCUAACUACUUCACAAAACCUUCUCCAAAACAAAAAGAAAAGACAAAACUUCUUUUCUUCGCUAUCUGUUGUAUCAUACACUUCUUGCAUUCUGUUUCAUUUCCAAAUGGCGGAUUACUCAACUAGUAGAAGGAAUUCCAAUACACAGUUAUUACAAGAACUCGAAGCACUUAGCGAAACCCUCUAUCAACCACCAUCACACACUAGUACAACAACCCGAAGAACCGCCUCCCUCGUCCUCCCCCGAAAUUCUGUCCCUCCGGUCGAAUCCCUUAAAAAUGACGACGAAACUGACCCUCUUGUCGUCAAUCCUAAGCCGAGGUCAAGGCGCAUGUCAUUGUCACCAUGGCGUUCUCGACCUAAACUGGACAUCGAGAGCGAGGACAAUAUACAACAACAAAACACUGGAAGCCCCAGCAGCAGCACAAAGUUAAAUAAGAAGUUGGACAGCAAGGAUGCAGAGAAAAAAAGCCUAUGGAAUUGGAAACCGAUUCGGGCUUUGGCUCACAUUGGUAAGCAAAAACUGAGCUGUUUGUUCUCAGUCGAAGUCGUUACCGCUCAGGGACUACCAACGUCCAUGAACGGUCUUCGACUAUCAGUUUGUGUUCGAAAAAAGGAAACUAAAGAUGGAGCAGUACAAACUAUGCCAUCUAGAGUUUCACAAGGAGCUGCUGAUUUUGAAGAGACACUUUUUAUAAGGUGUCAUGUUUAUUAUACCCCUACUAGUGGUACUAGUAGUGGUAGUGGUGGGGCUAGAUUUAAAUUCGAGCCCCGACCAUUCGUGAUAUAUGUCUUUGCAGUUGAUGCUGAAGAACUUGAUUUCGGAAAAAACGUAGUUGAUUUAAGUGAAAUGAUUGAGGAGUCAAUAGAAAAGAGCUUUGAAGGGAACCGUAUUCGCCAAUGGGACACGAGUUUUACUCUUUUAGGGAAGGCGAAAGGCGGAGAGUUAGUACUAAAAUUGGGAUUUCAAAUCAUGGAGAAAGAUGGUGGAGUUGGGAUUUAUAGUCAGGCUGAAGGGGGAACGAAAAACGCUAAGAGUUACUCAUCUUCGUCUUCAUUUGCUAGAAAGCAAUCGAAAUCAUCUUUUAGUGUUCCGAGUCCACGAAUGUCUAGCUUAAGUUCAUCUAAUUGGACUCCUUCACAAACAGGAACAACACCAGCAAAUCUUCAAGGGAUUGAUGAGCUAAAUCUAGACGAGGAGCCUGUAAAACAACCAGAGUCGAAAGAACCAGAGUCGAAAGCAGAGGAUCUUGAUCUCCCCGAGUUCGAUGUUGUGGAUAAAGGAGUUGAAAUUCAAGAUAAAGAGGAAGAGAAAAAAGAAGUAACAAAAGAAGUGGAAGAAGAGGAAGAAGAAAAAGAAGAAGAAGAGCGAUCAGAAGGGAAUUCUGAUUAUAAAUCGGUAUCAUCUCACGAGGUUGUUAAAGAAAUCGUGCAUGAUCAGAUGCAUUUGACGAGAUUGUCAGCACUUGAUUCUAUUGCACAGCAAAUCAAAGCACUUGAAUCAAUGUUUAAAGACGAAAAUCGAGUCAAGACGGAGGAGGAUGACAACGACUCGCAAAGGUUGGAUGCGGAUGAAGAAAACGUAACAAGGGAAUUCCUUCAAAUGCUUGAAGAUUCAGGCGUUAACCAGUUCAACAAGACGGAUAAUCAUCAAGAAAUCCCCGCGUUAAAGCUGCAAGGAGGAGGAGGAGGAGAUGAAGAAAAUGAAAAGAGAGAAUCGGGCAUAUAUAUACCGGAUCUUGCAAAGGGGCUCGGUUGUGUUGUUCAAACAAGAAAUGGAGGGUUUUUUGUAGCUAUGAAUCCUCUUAAUGCUAUUGUUUUAAGAAAAGACACACCAAAACUUGCAAUGCAGAUGUCAAAACCAUUAGUUCUUCCAUCAAUUUCGUCGUCUGUAAAUGGAUUUGAGUUAUUCCAGAAGAUGGCAGCUAUUGGGCUGGAAGAAUUUACGUCUAAGAUCUUAUCGAUGAUGCCAAUGGAAGAACUCGUAGGCAAAACAGCAGAGCAGAUAGCAUUUGAAGGGAUUCGUUCAGCGAUUAUUCAAGGGAGGAAUAAAGAUGGUGGGGCCAGCUCGAGUGCUGCUCGGACAGUUGCAGCUGUGAAAUCAAUGGCAACAGCAAUGAAUACGAGUAGAAACGAGAGGAUUUCUACGGGGAUUUGGAACAUAAGUAACAAACCGUUGACAGUGGAUGAGAUUCUCGCGUUCACACUGCAGAAAAUGGAGGCAAUGACAGUCGAAGCAUUGAAAAUUCAGGCGGAUAUCGCAGAAGAAGAGGCCCCUUUCGACGUUUCCCCUAAGAAAGAUGAUGAUGGUCACCCCCUCGACUCUGCAGUUCCACUCGAAGACUGGACUGAAGACGACAAAAAGAACGAUAGUAUAAUGAUCUUGGUUGUGGUUCAAUUGAGGGACCCGUUGAGGCAGUUUGAGGCAGUUGGAGGACCUAUGAUUGCAUUAGUUCAAGCAGUUCGUAUCGAUGAGGAAACGAACAACUUUGAUGAUGAUGAUGAGGAAAAGAAGUUUAAGAUAGCAUGUUUGGCGAUUGGUGGAUUGAAAGUUAAGAGCGGAGAGAGGAAGAACUCGUGGGACACGGAAAAACAGAAAUUGACAGCAAUGCAAUGGCUAGUAGCUUAUGGACUUGGUAAAAUGGGGAAGAAAGUAAAGAAAAAUUCACCACUAAAAGGCCAAGAUUUGUUGUGGAGCAUAUCGUCGCGUGUAAUGGCAGAUAUGUGGCUCAAAUCGAUAAGGAAUCCCGAUAUCAAGUUCAUCAUAUAGUUUGUUUCUCGUAAUUCUUUCCCGUUCGAAAGAAAUGAGCAACAAAAAGGGGUAAAUUUGUAUAAUGUUUUGCAUUUGUUCAUGGUGUGUAGAUCUAUUUUUCCAUUUCUAAUAGGAAAAUAUUGAAUUGUGGUUA